CUCGCUGUGAAGAUGGCGCUCUCCAGGGUGUGCUGGGCUCGGGCUGCUCUGUGGGGUUCGGCAGUCACCCACGGACCUUAUGUCACCCGGAAGCUGCAACUUGUUCGCUCUGGCCUGGCCUGGGGGGUCCCUCGGUCUUCAAAGCUUCACCUUUCUCCAAAGGCAGAUGUGAAGAGCUUGAUUUCUUAUGUGGUGACCAAGACAAAAGUGAUUAAUGGGAAAUACCAUCGUUUCUUGGGUCGUCAUUUCCCCCGCUUCUAUGUCCUGUACACAAUCUUCAUGAAAGGAUUGCAGAUGUUUUGGGCUGAUGCCAAAAAGGCUAGAAGAAUAAAGACAUAUAUGUGGAAGCACAAUGUAAAGUUUCAUCAACUUUCAUACCGGGAGAUGGAGCAUUUGAGACAGUUCCGUCGAGACGUCACCAAGUGUCUUUUCCUAGGUAUUAUUUCCAUUCCACCCUUUGCCAACUACCUGGUCUUCUUGCUAAUGUACCUGUUUCCUAGGCAGCUACUGAUCCAACAUUUCUGGACCCCAAAGCAACAAAUUGAUUUCUUAGACAUCUAUCAUGCUCUCCGGAAGCAGUCCCACCCAGAAAUCCUUGGUUAUUUAGAAAGGGUUAUCCCUCUCGUUUCUGAUGCAGGACUCCGGUGGCAUAUGACAGAGCUGUGCACCAAGAUACAGCAUGGUGCCCACCCAGCAGUACAUGAUAUCCUGGCUGUGAGAGAGUGUUUCUCUAACCAUCCUCUGGGCAUGAACCAGCUCCACGCUUUGCAAAUGGUGAGCACUCCGAGGCUCUCUCUGUCGUGCAGCCUCGCCUGCGCUGUGCGCGGUGGUACUGUGUUCGCUUCCUCCUCCUGUGCUGUGGGNNNCCUGACCCCGCAGGAAGUGAAAUCGGCUUGUUAUCUUCGUGGCCUCAAUUCUACCCACACCGCUGAAGAGAGCUGUCGGACUUGGCUGGGAGAAUGGCUACAGAUCUCCUGCAGCCUGAAAGAAGCUGAGCUGUCCCUCUUGCUGCACAACGUGGUCCUGCUGUCCAUCAACUAUACCGGCUCAAGGCGCUGAGUGAACGUGGAGUGGAUGGGCUCGGCCCGCAGUCACAUGGCAGCGUGGUACCGAACAGCACUGGCCGGCAAAGCGUCUGCGUGCCCUGGCAGGGGCAUGGGAGGCAGAGGAGCAGGUGCCACGGCUGGGGACCCGUGAGGGAGGGAGCUGGAACUGUAACAGACCCUCUUACUGGAAGUGUCCUCCCACCUUCCUCACAAUCAGCCAGAACUCGAAGCAGCCUCUGUACUGGGCUCUAAUUGCAAUGUUUUAAGUUCAGAUCAUAGGAAGUGAGCUUUUGCCCCAGGUGGGGCGAGUCCUAGCAGCCUUGGACUUAACCACUGCCACAUUCUUUACAGCUGUGUUUUUGUUACAGUUUCCGGCUGGGGAGAGAGGCAGGGCUUACAUUUACAUCUGUGCAUGUACUGUGAUGCUGCCCUCAAUCUCUUUUGUUAUGACCAAAAAUAGGCUUUUUAUUUUUAUUUGUAUUUUUGGUCCCCUCACUGGGCUAACCACUCCCUUUCCUUUUCCAAUCCUUUAAAUGCCUUUUUUUCCCUUUAAAACAAAUAGUCAUUCAUAUAUGGGAACAUUCUAAUGGAAAAGGUAAAAGGAAAUACAAGUGCUACUUGACCCUUUCCUUGUUUAUAGCCUUCACCCCACCUUGUCUUAAUUUCCGGGCUGUGGUUCAGCCUCUAAGGAUCUUAAACUCUGCUACCUCCCCUGUGCUGCGGCCGGGCCAGCUGGUCGGCCAGCUGUAACCUGCAGCGGCCGCCUUGGGGCCCCGCUGAGCCGCCUGAGGCACUAACGACGGUCUCUUGGGAGACCAGGAGCGGCCCGCAUCGAGAGUAAGUGGGGUUUCGCUUCUGCCCUUGUACAGUCCUGACCUGUAGUAACUUAUUGUUAAUGCAUGAGGCGCUGUGUUAAAGCCAAGUAAAGACUGCCUGACACCAGUUGCUGGAAAUGA